CAUGGCUAGCUUGAUGGCAUGGCAACGAUACUUGUCUCUUUCAAACCUAUAACAAAGGACAGGAGAUGGUUUGAAUCUCUGGAAAUUUGAGCAAUAGAUAAUGUAUCCGCAGAUACUAGUACCUCUGUUGAAAGUUAAAGCUCCCACUAUCCUUCUGAUCUGGGAGUCUAUUCUAACUCUCUCCAUCAUAUUGUCAGUGACAGGAGUUAGCAUAUUGUUUGGAUUUGAUGCUAAUCAUGAAUUCUGGCUAUCAAUAGUGUACCUCACAGACUUCCUUUAUUUCUUUGGUAUUCUUUCACGUCCUGUACUAGACCACAGUGCUGCUAGAAUUGAUGUCAAGCAUUUUACGAUUUACUUGCGUCGAUAUUUAAAGACUAGUUUUACCUUCGAUCUCCUCACUAUUGCACCCUUUGAGAUAAUAGCAGCUUUCAAUCCUACAAUUGGUGCUUUCAUAAGGAUCAACAGAGUUUUCAGGGUCUACAGGAUUUGGAAAUUUUUGACUAAAUGUGAGAGGCAUUUCAUCUCAUAUGGCCCUUGGAUUCAGUCUCUCUUGUAUGUCACUUUAUCUGGUCUGUCUGUUCAGUUUAUUGCUUGCUUCUGGUACUCACUGUCUUGUUAUAAUGCUGCUGAACUCCUUCAUAAUGGUUGCUUGAAUGGUACCUGGGCUAAUAGCUCCAGCAUUGCAAUAGAUAUCAAUGUAUAUAGUGCAAGUAUUACUCAGAAGUAUAUUGUUUCACUUUAUUGGGCCAUUAGCACCCUCACUUCAGUUGGUUAUGGUGACAUUCAUGCUAUUUCAUUAUCAGAGAAGUUCAUUGCACUCGUUUCUAUGGUGUGGGGUGUGGUCAUGUACGGGUAUAUUCUUGGAGGCGUGACCUCAACUCUGACCAAUCUUGACGCAGCUAGAGGUAGAUACACUCAACAACUUCAGGCAAUCGAGAGAUACAUGAAAAGUGCAAAGAUUAGUUCAGUAUUGUUUAUUAGAGUUACUGACUAUUUGGAAUAUAAUUGGAGUUACAGGAGAGGUGUUAUUGGUAAAGAUCUAUUAGAGGAGCUUCCACUUGCACUCAGGAAUAAUACAAGAAAUGAAAUGUAUCAAGACACAAUGAUAGCUUCCAGGUUAUUUCAUGGAGUGUCUCAAGUGUUUCUGAGGGUUUUAUGUUCUAAAGUGAAGGAAUUGUUCUUCCUACCACAUCAAAUGAUUGUCAAUGAAACUGAUCAGUUCCUUUACUUCAUGCACAAAGGAACUGCUGAGGUUGCUGAAAAAGCUGAUCCAACACAUUUAUUAAAAGAACUGAAGCCAGGAGAUGUUUUUGGAGAAGAUCCUGUUGGUUUAGAGUCUGAUGAUACUUCAAAUGAAGUUAUUGUUACUGCUAAGACUCACUGUCAUGUAUUGGCACUGAAUAAAAAUGAAUUAAAUGAAAUAAUGACCAACCUUUCAUCAGAAAGAAAUGUUGAAAAAGAGAGGAGAGCGUCUUACAAAAGAGAAUUAGAACAAUCAAAAUUUAAUUAUGUGAUACUAAAAAUGAGAAACAAGUUUCCUACAAUAUCUAGGAUCAUUUUUGACAAGCCUCUAUUACCAAAAUCAAAGUUUCUCUUAAUUUGGAAUUAUAUUCUAUUUUCAUUCAUUAUCACAGUCUGCUGGUUAUACCCAUUUCAAGCUGGUUUCUCAAGCUACCAUCACUCAGUUGGUUUUUCUAAUGCGCCAGGUUUCCUAUUUAUACUGACAUACCUCAUUGACCUAAUAUUUGUUAUUGAUAUUAUAAUAUCAUUGAAGAAAUCAUUUAUCACUGCUAAAGGUUAUGAAAGAGACCCUGUGACAAUAGCAUUAGCUUAUUUAAGCUCCUUUACAUUCCUGGUUGAUGUAGCAGCUUUAGUACCAAUGGAGAUACUAGCAGCUGGUGUUGUUGUUAAUAAACUAAACUGGGCUGCAGCUUUUAAAAUGAACAGAUUACUGAAGCUAUGGAAGGUGAUUCUCUGGUUUGAUGGUUCAGAGAAAUCACUCCAUUAUUCAGUAUCAAGGGUUAGAGGUCUCAAGUUCUUAUUGUACAUCAUAUUGAUAACUCACUGGUCAGCUUGUGCCUGGUUCUCAAUAGCUUGUGAUCAGUUACUGAUACGAAGGUGUAAAUCAACCAGUUGGAUUACUAAGAAUAACAUUGGAUACUCCUCCUCCUCAGUUAUUCAUAAUUAUAUAUUAUCAUUAUACUGGUCAACAACUACAACCACACUAGUUGGAUAUGGUGACAUUGUACCAGUCAAUAAUGAUGAGAGGGUAUUAGCAAUAUGUGUCAUGUUACUCGGUAUCUGGUGCUAUGGAUACAUGCUAGGAUCUGCUGCUGCUAUCAUCACUCAUACACUACAACCUAGGGUUCAGUUUCAGAAGAGAUUACAAGCUGUUAAGGAGUUUAUGAAACACAAUAAAUUGAAUAGAGGUUUAAUUGAGAGAGUUAAUGACUUCUUUGCAGUACUAUGGACUAAAUCAAAAGGUACUAGUAUACCUGGUGUUGAAUCGGUCCUUUCUCAAUUGCCACUCUCACUCCAACAAGAUAUAAAAAUGGAGGAAUGUUUCCCAUUGCUGUCAAGAGUCAUGUUCUUCAAUGAAAUAUCAAACGAAGACUUCAUGAAGCAAAUCUCACUAUCAUCAGUAACACAUUACUUUAAUAUUGAAGAUAUCAUUCUGUAUCAUGGAGACAUGUCUAGGAACUUGUACUGUGUUAGGAAAGGCUACAUAGAGGUCCUCUCUGAGGAUCUUUCUCAUGUGAUACGGACUGUUUCUCCUGGCAGUCAUUUUGGAGAGUUGGGUUUCUUCUUUGGGACACCACUCACAGCGACGGUUCGAUCAGCAAGUCAGAGUGAAGUAUUCAGUAUAUCUUACCAUGAUGUGAGACAAGUGCUUAAAGGAUUCCCUCAAUUAGAAAAGAUAUUUCUUGAAUUGGAAAAAGAUGAUGAUAUUUUAUCACAAUUACUGCACUCCUUCGCCAUAGAAAGACUACCACCACAGACUAAGAGAAUGUCACUAGAAGAAGAAGAAGAUUAUGUAGCUCAUCACUCAUUCAAGAAAGAAUACUCAAUAGUUGCUGGUCUUGCUGCUGCAAUGGUCCCUGCUCUAGCUAUAGCUACUCCUCGACAGUCACCUCCAUUAGUCAAUGCUGCACUGUCUUCUGUUGGGCCUAGAGAAAUGCAAUCACAACUAACACCACCUACUCUACUUGAUUACUCUCUUAGUGCCAAUAAUAAGAAAAGGAAAGACUCUAUCAGGCAAUAUAGUACAAGUGCUAUCAGGUAUUCCAAUAGAGAGGGGUCUGAUGAUCCUGCAGUUAGUAUACAAGAUAUUCCUAUUACUGAGUCUAGUGUUACUGAAGUGUUUAAUUAUGAAGAUGACGUCAAUUGUUGUGAUGUGGGCCUUGCUAGAUGCAAAAUUAUUGGUAAACCAUUGAGGUGUAUUUAUUCUCAAGGUGGAACUAUUUUUGGCAAAAUAUUAUCACACUUUCUUUUAGAUCGCUACCUCCUAAUAAAUGAAUCCUUAGCUGCAGCAUGGAACAGUACGGCAGUCAUUCUGUCAAUAGUGACAUUCAUUACUGUAUCAUUCCAAGCCUCCUUCUACUACUCACUGCCUCCAGUUGUUGCUGCACUUCUAUGGAUUCUCAACUAUUUUCUUGAUAUCUUCUUUAUCUCUGACAUGAUACUAAAGUUUCACACAUCUUAUUAUGAUGAAGAUGGACUCCUAGUCAUUGGAAAAGUUGAUCGAGCAAACCAUUACAUUAAGACAACAUUCAUCCUUGAUGUCAUUGCUUUAUUACCAACUGAACUCAUAGUAUUUGCUAUAUUCUCUCCUUUAGGACUUGGUCCACGAACUAGUUUAAUGAGCUUAGCAAGACUGAAUAGGCUCGUACAUAUUCACAGAUUGGUCAUUUUUUUCAAUGAUAUUAAAAAUUUAAUGCCAAAAAUGAUUUGGUUGAUAAAAUUACUGGUCUACCUGUUACUCAGUACACAUUUGAUUGGCUGCAGUUGGUUCAUGAUCUCCUGCUCUUGCCUCUCACUCCACAGCUGCUGCUCUCUUGGCAGCUGGGCCAACAGCGGGAUCUUCAAAAAUCAAUCACUAAUUAGUAGCUCAUUCAGUGUUCAGUAUAUGAAUUCCCUCUACUGGUCCGUAGCAACAACUGCUUCUGUUGGAUAUGGCGACAUUACUCCUCAUAGAAGUCUUGAGCGUUUGUAUGCAAUAUGUUUUGAGGUGUUUGGUGUCCUCUUCUAUGGCCUGAUAGUAGCCUAUUUCACUGCUAGUUUGGUUAAUGAUGACAUUGGGAGAGCUCAGUAUCAAGAUAAACUGGAAAUGAUUAAGAAAUAUCUGAAAGAACACAAAGUUGACGGCAUCCUAAAGAACAGAGUAAUAAAUCAUUAUGAGUAUAUGUGGCAGAGAAAUAAAGCUCUUGAUUUUCAUGAUCUCUUCAAGGAUAUGCCUCCAUCACUCCAAAGCGAUGUCUCACUAGCUCUGUACAAGAACGCUAUUGACAAAGUGCCUUUAUUUCGUAAUACUGGUAUUGGGUUUACUAAACUACUAGCUCUAUCUAUGAGGCCAGUCCUGUAUCUUAAAGGAGAAUACGUAAUAAGAAAAGGAGACAUUGGGAAUGAAAUGUAUUUUAUAAGUCAAGGAUCAGUUGAGAUUAUUAGUAAUGAUGGUCAUGAAGGUACUAGGCUGACUGUGUUGGACGAGGGAAAGUUCUUUGGAGAAAUAAGUUUGGUCUUUGAUUGCAGUAGAACAGCAUCAGUGAGGACUCUCAGUAAUUGUGAUCUAUUUGUGUUAAGUAAAUCUGAUUUUGAAUCAGCUCUUGAUAAAUAUCAGGAUGUUGCUGAUCAGAUCAAAGUUGUUGCUCUUCAAAGAGCUACUCUCUCAGUUCUGACUGACAUGGUUGUGAAUGAAUCGUUAGCUAAAGGAAAGACCAAAGAUGAAACUAUUGAAUCAAUCUUUGAAGCGGCCAAAAAGACAGCUGUAUCCAGUAAGCGAAGCAGUUCAGUUUGGGGUAGAUUAGGGAGGCUGAGUUUGAGACGCCCUACAGUUAAUACAGUAAUGACUACUUUGGAUGAGGAAAUGGAAGAGAGAGGAAGGGGAGAGGAAGUAUCCAAGGAUAGGAGGAUCUCAUUAAGUACUGCAGUAUUUGAAGGAGUUCUGAAAUGGCCUGGAUUAAGGAACUGUGUAACCUUUACACUGUCCCCCAUUGGAAAACAUGCUUUGUUCUUUACCAUCCUCACCUACACAAUGGCUUACAUUAGUGCAUUCUGCCUCAGUUAUCAAAUUUUCUUCUUCAGUAGUUCAGCUGGUCUAUCAACCAUCAAUUUUCUCUUUGAAAUAUAUUUUCUGAUUGAGAUACUUAUUAAGUUUCAUCUUGGCUAUGAAGACCCUUCUUCUGGUUUGAUCGUUCGAGACUUCAAGUUAACUUUCCUUCAUUACCUAAGGUCUCCUUUUGGCUUUACGUUGGACUUCAUUGCAACAUUCCCAUUUCAUAUUCUUUCUGCAUUCGCUGAGCUUAUCAUUGGCUCUCAUUCAGUAAUGUCAACUUAUCUAAAGAUACCACAUUUUCUCAGGAUGCUAAAAUUUUGGAGAUUAUUCCUGAUCCAGGAGAAGAAACUAAACCAAAAGACAGCUCUCAUUCAAGCACUGAAGUUCUUUGUUCUUACAAGUUUAGCAACUCAGUUUGCUGCUUGUUUCUGGUACUUCCUUAGCUGCUCAUCAUCCUCUUGUCAUGAAGACUCUUGGGCUACAGCCAUAAAUCUUACAGCUGCUGAUUCUGAUACAACCCGUUACAUCACUAGUUUAUACUGGGCAGUGACUACAAUGACAACUGUUGGCUAUGGGGACAUUGUGCCACAGAAUUACACUGAGAAACUUUAUGCAAUUUUAAUAAUGAUAUUUGGGAAACUGUUCUAUGGGUUUCUAUUGGGGAGUGUUGCUUCGAUGCUUGCUAAUAGGAAAAAGAGACAAGUCAUGUUUAUGAACAAACUGGACUCCAUCAAAGAUUAUGUUGUUGCUGCUGAUGUCUCAGUUCCACUAGAGCGUAAAGUAAUUCAUCACUGCAAUCACCAUUGGUUGGAGUCCAAAGGUAUUGACAGGCAGACACUGUUUGAUGACACUCCUUAUUGUCUCCAAUCGGAAAUUGCUCUAGCCACAACACAGAAAUUACUCCAAAUGGUACCAGUGCUGAACUCUGUCAGUGGGUCUUUGCUCUGCCAAAUAUCAUUACACCUGAGACCUUGCUACUUCUCAGCUGGUGAGAUCAUUAUCAGUAGAGGAGACGUAGGACAUGGACUGUACUUUAUUUAUGACGGAAUUGUGGAAAAAUUGUUGGAAGAAGGCCGUCAGUCAGCUGCUGAUCCUCAUUCUAGUUCCUUGGCACCAUUGUCUACCAUCUUAAGUGAUGGAGACUAUUUUGGACAAGAGAACCUUACGAAUGAGAAUCACUGGGCAAGAGCUGACGUGUUUGCUGCAUCUGACUGCCAUCUCUUCCUACUCCGAGUGGAAGACUUCAAGACACUGUCGGAUAAGCACUCAAAGAUCAAAGAAUUAGUAUUUGACUCAAACAAUUACUAACUAAGAAAAUAAACAUGUAUGGACAGAAGUGUAUGCAAGAACAAUAGAGUAGCUAGUUCAAAAUUAGAAGUUGUAGUUGAGUCUCAAAAAUAUUAUCAAUCA